CCCGCAUUCCACCUUCGUCCCCACAAGGUUUUGCGUGCAUCUUGGAGUGGAUUCCAUCCCGAGACGAAGCUGGAGAUACGUAGCAUACAAAUCCUCUCGGCGUUGACGCUGAGACGGCGGACCAGGCGUAAACCGCAAGAGGCGAAGCGGACGCGACUCCCUCCGAAUCCUCUCCCCCACCCCCGCAUUCAACCACCAGUACACCACCGUGCACCAAAUUGCGAUCGCCGUUCGCAACCGCCCGACGGGAACGGCACACACGUUGGCUCCAUCGUACAACCCGUCAUCGAGUCACAGCACUCCUGACUCGCUCGCUUUCUUAAAGGCCUUUUCCAUUGGGGCCGGUAUACCCUUCGCUCGGAUUCAGGGGCAGAUUCCGGUAAAGGUCUUAUCAGGUGUCGAUCCUAGGUAGGACUGUCUUUUGAAAAGGGACGGCAGCGCAUCAAUUGUCAACAUGGGCAACCCAAAGGGCCUCAACAAGUCCAAUAGCCAAGCGGAUAUCAAGAGCUUGAAUAUUCUACAUGAGGGAUGGGUUCUCAAGAAGAAGCGCAAGAAGAUGCAAGGGUACGCAAAGCGGUACCUGAUCCUUACGAAAGAAGGGAUUCUCACGUACUCGAUCUCGCCCGAUAAGCCAACCCGCGACUCGAUUGAGAUUCCUCAUGCCAGCGUCAUCAGCAGUCAGCAUCAUGGCACAAUCCAUGUGGACAGCGGAUCAUCCGUCUUUCACCUCAAGAUGCUCAACCCGCAAGACUUUAGUGCAUGGCGAUCGCAGCUGAAAAGCUUCAUCCCUGAGCGCUCAUCUGGCCAGGCGAGGCGGAUCUACGUCGUCACGGACGACAGCACAGACCUGAUGAGCGUCGACCUCAACCCGCUCUUUACUGCUAGCGAUUCCAUGAACCGGCUCGUAGCGGAGAUCAAGAAACAGUCCGCGCUACUUGCGCGCAAGCGUGCGGAAAAGGGAGUCACAGGAGAAGUCCUCAAUAUGUUCUCUUGGAAGAACGAGGAGGCCGAGCUAAAUGCUACGCUGCAAACCCUCAUCGACUCGCUCGCAGCAGAGCAUGCCAACUUUCAACAUGUGCUCGAGUCUCGUGUACCUCGCGUCUUUGGCGGCGAAGGCAUGAUGAGCUCCAUUAAAUCGAGGGUGCAGGGGGAUGGCAGAUAUGCACAAAGCCGUCACAGCAUCUCUAGCUUUGCGACCAAUUUCGAAGAUGAUGCCAUCUUCUACGACGCAGAUGCGGCGGACAAUACUGACAUUGCCGAUGAACCAGAGACAUCGAGCCGAGACGUGUCGAGCGCCGCGAGCGAUGCUUCUGCCAGCGAAGAGGGCGACGACGAUGACAGUGGUGACGAGAAUGCUACGGAGAAAGGAGUUGGGAAUGGGAAAUUCCGUACUCGACUUCCUGCCAAGGUAUCCGGCGAUGAGGUAUCGCUCUUUUCGAUGCUCAAGAAAAACGUCGGAAAGGACCUGUCCACCAUCUCCUUCCCUGUCUCGUUCAACUGCCCGCUUUCGCUGCUGCAAGCCGCGGCGGAGGAAUACGAAUACGCUCCCAAGCUGCUCGAGAGAGCAGGGAAGACGGAAGACUGGAUUCAGAGGCUGUGCUUAGUCGGCGCCUGGGCUGUGAGUAGCUAUUCGAGCACCAAGCUGCGCGCAAGCCGCAAGCCGUUCAACCCACUCCUCGGCGAAACGUUCGAGCUUUAUCGCAACGAUGGCAAGCUCAAGUUCAUUGCGGAAAAGGUCGUGCACCAGCCUCCGGUCGUGGCAACCUAUGCCGAAGGCAAUGGAUGGAAGGCGUACGGCUGCAACUCGGUCAAGAACAAGUUCUGGGGCAAGUCCCUCGAGCUCAUCCCCGACGGUUCGUUGAAGGUCGAGCUUGCCGAUGGCGACAUCUUCUCGUUCAAGAAGCCGUCGUCGUUUAUGCGCAACUUGCUCGCCGGCAAUAAGUACCUUGAGCAUGUCGGCGAGCUCACCGUCACAAACGAGAGCACAGGUGCGCGGCUGGCCAUCGAUUUCAAAGAAGGCAACAUGUGGGGUGGUUCCUCUUCGCGCAACCUGGUCGCCGGUUUCGUCUACAACAACAAGGGAGAGAAGGUGACCGAGGUCAAAGGUCGCUGGAGCGAUAACUUUGCUAUUCAGAAGGACAAGGAGAACUAUCAGGUUCUGUGGGAGGCCAACGAGAUGCCACCCAACUCGCAGGAUCACUACGGCUUCACAUACUUUGCCAUGAGCCUCAACGAGAUUACAAAGGACAUGGAGCCUUUCCUCCCAUGCACGGAUUCGCGCUUGCGCCCGGACCAGCGCGCACUCGAGGAAGGCAAGGUGGACGAGGCCGAGGAGACCAAGUUGGCGGUCGAGGGUGCGCAGCGCGAGCGCCGCAAGAAGCGCGAGGCAGAGGGGAAAGUGUACAAGCCGCUCUGGUUCCACAAGCAGAACGACGAUGUCGAAUGGCAGUACGGAGCCCCAGGCGGCCACGAGUACUUCAAGAAGCGCGCAGAGGUCGUCGACGCUGGGCCCAAAAAGGCCAAAGAUGUCUGGGGAGAUUUGCCGGAAAUUUUCACCAUGCAAAAGUCUUAGUAGUGAGUUCCUUACCCCUUUAAUUCAAUGUCCACUUUUAGUCGUUGCUCCACUCUAUCUGGUCCAUUCCCCAUUGAUAUACGGCUAUCGCAUGCCUUUUUGUACUCUAAAACGGAAAAUCUCAGCGUACUGGAUCAUCGCUGCACAACAUGGGCACAUGGUGCGAGGUCCUGUAC